AUGGAGUUUACCAACGAUGAGAAACAUGAAACUUUUGGUUUUACUGGGAUGGAUUCAUUACCUUACUCCCGAAAUUUUGGAGGCAUUAGACACGGGUUCAAUAAUCCUGUGCACCUAUCUGGUCAAGCGAACCCUUAUUCUUCUAUUGCGUCUGGUAGUCGGAUGGAGUCAGUGACCGAAAACGCUGGUGUUGGAGGAAGCAGGCCCACUCAAGGUGAAAACGGACCGUGUCAGGGGUAUGUAUCGCACGAAACCCCAUCACUUAUUGACACGACGGUUGAUGCUGACCGGGAUUGUCUAAUGACCACACCGGUCCCGAGCCGACGUCAAUCUGGGUUCACACCAGACGCAGAUUACUGUCAAUGCCAUGAGGGUGCUCGUACAAGCGGCAACUGCGCCGGAAAUUUACGUGCUCCGCCUCUACGCCCAGUUUCCGGCAACCGCCUUCCCAGUAUUACUAUGAUGCUAAAUGAUUCUCCAUCAAAUCAGGCCUCCAUACAUUACGCACUGCCCAAAUCAAUAUCGGACAAUAGAAUGUCCCUAUCGAAUGCCUCGGACAGUACAAUCAUUGCCCCGGUUCCAAUUCCCGAGCAACGUUACUUUCUCUUGAGUACCCUCUACCAGAUAUGCAUAGAUGCAACUACAACUUACAUUCGUUCUCUUCCACGAUCUUCUCAUGCUAAUCUCCGACCUGGACGCGGUCGUUUGUACUCAAACCGAUACCAUCCAUAUCGUGGUAAGGCACGGGAACGAUCUUACAAUGACGACCAUUCGAAAACUCUCAUGGACAACAUCGAGGUAAUCAGCACAUUUCUAUGGAGAAAGGCAAGGAGAGACGAGAUGGCGCCUCAUCGAGCCGAGUCAGAUGCUGUUAUGGAUAUGAACAACCUUUACAAGUGGGGAGAAAAUUUGGUCGGUGGUAAGGAAGAAAGAGCCAGGGACGAGGAGGCGCGAACCGCAGUUCUCCAUGCAGCAAUGGCAAUGUGUGAUUGGUUGAGAGUUUCAGAGGCUUCUAAUUUGUGUAGAGAGGUGGGAGGCGAGCUAAGGGAUCUUACAAAUCUGGAAUCUGGACGUGUGAGAGAUGAUAAUGAUGGGAAUGGUGUUAUUCUCUGA